CCACUCUCGUCUCGUUUUCUCGUCCGUGUCCUAUCAGUGUCUGGUCAUCGCAUUUUUGCCCGAGCUCAUCGCCUGUACGAUGCCGCCAACUAACGGGAGUGACGAGGAGCAGUCCGCAGAGGCCAAGCCUUCGACAUCGACCUCGAACCCGUCUGCCACUGGGAGCAGCACCAGCUCUAUAUUGAAGGAGAGGCGGUUCAAGCUCAGCAGAGCGUGCGAUCGGUGUCGGCGUCGUAGGAUCAAGUGCGACGAAGGGCACCCAUGCCAGUCAUGUCUCACAUCCAACUCGUCAUGUACAUUCGAGGAGCCGGGCAAGCGGACACACCCGCACAAGUCAAAGCGUGCUGCGACCCUCGAGGAUCGCAUGCACCAUUUGGAGACGCUGAUUCAAGCCAUUCCUCCCGCCGUCUUCGCAGCCGGCGGCGCAGGAGCCGCUCCCCCACACUCCCCGAUCGACCCGAGCACCAGCCCGCACGCAUCCUUCGCGAACUCGACGCACAUCUUCCCAACAGCGGUCCCCCCGCCGUCCCUGAACUCAUAUCCCCUGAUGAACCCCUCGACCUUCUUCGCACCCGUCAAGGCGACGCGCAAUGCGAGUCCGAGCUUCUCAGGCGGGCAGAGCGGCAGCAUAGUGGUCGACAACCUCAUGGAAGACACUGCGCGGAUGUCGCUGUCGUCUUCGUAUCUGUACUUCGACGACGAGGGGUAUACGCGGUGGCAGGGCGAGACGUCGGGCCUACCGCUUCUGGACUCGUUGGUGGAGCGCCAUAAUAUGGCGAUCAAACCCGAUCCAGAAAGAGGGCAAGCACAGGCGCAGGCGUGGACGAGCCAAAACGGACAGCCAGUUAGCGAUUGGUUCCCGGAUCGGACGUCGAAGAGGGUGGACAACAACCCGGAGGCCGUCUGGAAGCUGAUUACUUCCUUCAUUGCGCCGGAGUUGAUGGACAGUCUCGUGCAAUGCUUCCUGUCAACAACAUAUUAUUUGCUGCCCUUGCUGCAUGUUCCGACCUUCCUUUCGGACUACGGUAAUCCGCGGAAAUGGGGAGAGCCAGGAUUUGCGGCCUUCGUAGUCGCCGUCUGCUGUCUGUCUUCUCGCCACAUCGAUGAUCCGCGCGUGCGUGGCGAUCCCAGCGAUGGGAACAGCGCGGGCACCCAAUGGUUUGAGCUGUUUGGCCGCUUGCGGACGCUCCCGAGCGCAGACAGGCCCACGAUCUACACAGUCCAGGCCGUGCUUGUUGCGGGUGUGUACGCCGUAGGCCUCGGCAAGCUCUCGAAGGCGUUCGGGUUACUCGCAGAGGCCGUGACGCUCUCGAUCGACAUCGGACUGCAUCGCUCCGUGGACGACUACGACGUGUUCGACCCGAUCGAGGACGAGGUGCGGAAACGCACGUUCUGGUGCGUGUACCUGUGGGACAAGCAGGCGAGCUCGUACUUUGGGCGUCCGCCCGUCAUCCGCCUGCGCGACUGCGAUGUGGGCGAGCCGGCGAUUGUGGACGACGAGCUCAUCACGCGCGAUGGCGUUGGGCCGCGCAUGGGCGCAUUUGUGAGCACCGUACGCAUCUUUAUCGUGCUGGAAUCUGUCGUGGACAUCCCGCCGCCUCGACCUGUGGGUGAUGCGUGUUCGCCGUUCCUCGCUCGGGCGUCGUCAGUCCUUGGGCCUUUCAAGAGAACAGGAGACCUGAGCGAAGAGGAAGCGUUGUUGGACGACAUCGUGCGAUCUCUUCCGCCCCAUUGGGCGCACUCCGUGGAGACCAUGACGAGUGACGACGUCUUGCGGGUGACCCAAGCGAACCGUCUGCACUGCGCCCAGCAGUAUGUGCGGAUGCUGAUUCAUCGGCAUCGCUUCUCGGAGAUGGUAGCGGAGCGGACACAAACGGGAAUCAUCGAACAGACAGACGCUGAGGUCGAAGCAAUGCGUGCUGCACAUGCAUGCGCUCUCCAGAUCAUCUCUUCUCACUUACAUAUUGCCGCGAAGGGCUUGAUGACCUACUAUGGAGUGCAUGUCAUUCAUCAGUUGACGGCGGCUGGGCGUACUCUGGUUGCAAUACUACUUUGUUGUCAACCUGAGAAGAUGCAGCCUUUGAUCGCCCCAGGUCUCGAGGCACUCCGUUCGUCCGUCGGCCUGCUCAAGCGAUUCAGUGGGCGCUACAUCUGCGGACAACGCUCCGGUGACUUGCUGGAAGAGUUCUGCAGACUCACUGCGAUACCCUUGGACGCUGUGCGCAACGAAUGUCCCGGAGCGAGCAAUCGGCCCGCGUGGGUGCGGCCCGCCCGCAAGAAAACGCCCUCGAGCGCACGUUCGCCUGCCCACUCCGCGGAUUCGCCAUCACAUCAUGGUAGUCCAGAAGACUUCAGUGCGGAUGCGUUCCUGGACCUCCGUGCCAAGAGUCAGGAGCCAAAUCUCUUCGCAUCAUCGAGUUCGUCGACGCAGGUCGUGAACGGGUUUGGAGGCCUCUCCUCGUUCAUGGACACGUCCAACGGUAUGGACAUGAUACCGGAAGGACCAGGAGUCGGGACUGGCUGGGCAAGGGAACUGCGUAAGCAGCAGAGUGUUAACGCGCACUGCCUGGUCCUGCGUGAGGUUGUCGACGGCAAACUCGAACUUGUCCUGAAGACGGCUGUGGUCGUCCAACAUACCGCGCGCCAGGAGGUCCUCCAGCUUCUCUCGGUCUUCGUCGGUCAUGUCUUCAGGCCGUCGAUCUGCACACUCAUACGACGCGGGUGA